AUCGGUGGCCACGCCGACGUUGUCAAAUGUCUCCUUCGCGCCAACGCCAACCCCCAACUCGUUUCCAAAGAUGGAUCGACGCCACUGCAUGCGGCCGUGAUUGGCGGAAACAUGAUCGUGGUUCACCAAAUUGUCCAGUGUGGCGUCAAGCUCGAGGCGUGCGACGCGAUGGGCCAGACACCGCUCCAUAUUGCAGCUGAGAAGGCCCACGAAUGCGUGAUCAAGUACCUUCUGGAUGUCGAGGCCAACGUCUUUGCCAAGGACAAGACGGGCAAGACGCCGUUGAUGCUGGCGAUGCACCCACUCGUCAUCAACACGCUGCUGCAAGCAGAAAAAUUGACCAAGCAAAAGGUCCCGCAGCUCUCGGAGGCCAUGCUAGACCACAUUGUGUCGCGCAUCUGCGACUCGGAGAAUAUGCUGAGCAUCAUAGCCCAGCGUGUCUGCAACUCGGAGGCCAUGCUAAGUAAGCUCGUCCAGCGGCUUGGCAACCGACUCGACAUCGGUACCAACUGUCAGGAAGCUUUGGGGAGCUCGGUGCAUCGACCCGUGGACGCACGAGGCGCCAACGAGCGGGUCCAAGCUGUCUACGUCAACGACGCCAGUGAAGAACGGCUGGCCGACGAUAGUCAUUCCAAUGCUGCGAACGAGUCGGGCGAUACACCUCUGCAUCUCGCUGUACAAACCAACGACCAGAAGACUUUGGCGACGCUUUUGCGAACGCCCGGCAUCAACAUCGACGCUCACAAUCAGGCGGGCGUGACACCGAUGGCUCUGGCCAUCCAAAUGGGCCACCGACGCCUGGCAACGAUGCUGCAGACAGCCGCGCACCGUGUUAUCCCCAGCGUGCCGGCUACGGAUAUUGAGAUGGACGUAUCUAGUCCAAUCUAUGGUACCGUGUACAAGGGCACGUACCAUGGUCGCGUCGUCGCCAUCAAGACGCCUGUCGACGAGUCCUCCGUCCAAGCAAUCCUCCACGAAAUGGAGACCAUCCAGCAGUGCAACUCGCCGUAUCUGCAGCAACUGCUCGCCGUCUCAGAUGUCGACUCGACCAGUCCCAAGCUUGUGCUCGAGUACAUGGACGGUGGUGAUUUGCGCAGCUACGUCGACGCCAAGCGACUCGGUGAGCCCACCAAAAUUGACGUCUCAUCGCUGCAAGUCGCGUGGGUGCUUGCGAAUGCGCUCGCCGAUCUGCACCACAACGGCGUCUUCCACCACGACCUCGAGAGCUACAACGUCCUUCUCUCCUCGACCAACUACAUUAAAGUCGCAAACCUCGGCAUUGACCUCGAGUCGGACGCAACGACGGGCAAGAGCACACCGUACUGGACAGCGCCAGAGGUGCUUGCGUCGACGAGCAACUACAGCUUUGCUGCUGAUAUCUACUCGUUUGGCGUCAUUUUGACCGAGCUGGACACGCUCCAACUUCCAUAUCACGACGCCAAGGGCCUCGGGUACUGGGGGAUCAUCGACGGCGUGCGUCUCGGCAACCUCCGUCCGUCAACCUCGCCGACGCCUGUCUCUCGUUUGACCUGA